AUGGCUGGCUUCACGCUGGCUGAUAUCGUCCAGGCCGCCAACUCGUUCCCAGAUGAAUUUGCGGUCAUCUCAGGCGACAACUAUAGGUUCGAGAGACGUCGCAUCUCCAACGGCGGCGAAGCUAUGGUUGUCCUUGUUGGACACUGGGGCACAAGGCCUGCAAGUACUGUCAAUCGCUUGUGGGCAGGGUGUGACAACGACAAUGUCUAUUACUACUCCGGCAAUUCGCCAACAGUGACCGCUGUGGAUCAACAACCAUUCCCUUCUGGUGGACGCAGAAAGUGUAGGUUUAAGGAUGUCGAGAUCUUCAACCUGCUCGAGCCUCAGUCAUGGCCCCACUAUCACAACAAGAAGUCAAACAAGGAAGCUCGAGAAGUUGCCAGAUCUCACCUUGGUCUUCUCGUCAAGUUUGCUUUCCUGCAGCAUGGAGCCAUCGACAACAUCUCUGGAAAGACGGACGGCUCACUACUUCGGGAGCUCCGCGAUAUGUGCGCCGUUCUACUCCACCGCAAGGUCGCCCGGGAGUCAGCAGCACGUUGGCGAGCAAAUUAUUCAAAGGAAGAGGUAGCUGUACAUCAGAGCGAUGAAGAUCAAGAGGAGCAUGCACAGGAGAACAAUGAAGGAUACGAGGCGACUGCGUUGGACAUCCACGAGCGCUAUGAUGAUGAUCGUUUCCAUGAACUACAAUCACAAGUCUUCCAGGCAUGGCGUCAACUCAAAGGCGAACUCGAGAAAGAGAGAGUAAUGCGACGCAAGACAGAAAAGCAGCGCAAGGAUGCUGAAGGCAGGUUGCUCACGCGAGAGCAAGAAUUGACCGAUACCGCGCAACGAGCCAAGAGGAAGUACUCAGAGUUGAAGGACAAGUACGAUGGGAGGGAGGAAGAGUGGCGGACAUUUCUCAACUCUUGGACCACAAAGAAAGCAGACAAGGAGUGA